CCAGAAGUCUGGAUUUUUCAAUUUUUUAACUUCAUUAUUUUCCAGUACGUUUACAGACACUAAGAAAAAUAUUGAUUACAGUGCACAAGAGAGUAAAUUAGAAGAAGAAUCGUUUAUAGAAACUCCAAAGGACCCCGCUGUUGUUUUCUUCCCAACUAACCAGGACUCUGAAUGUAUGGAUGGAUCAACAGGUUAACAUGGCAAAUACUCCAAGUGAAUUUAUGACGAACAAUAUGAUUAUAGCGCCUCCAUUACCCGGCAGAAUGCUUGAUGUAGAGAUAAAAGAACCAAUUAAACUUCAAGGAGGCUCCCGUAAAAAACGCGACGUUUGCAGGUUAAAUUAA